UUUCCUCUCCACUAUUCUCCGCCCUCUCGGGCUCCCUUUCUCCAUCGAUAGCUUUGCAAACCCUAGGCUCCAUAUCUUCCCCCAAUUCAUGGCCCAGGAGCUCGCCGAUCAAGCCCUGGAGUUCUCCUCCGACCCCUCUGCAUCAGAGCAUGCUGCUGCUGUGGAGCCUGCGCUCCUGCGGACGACGUCCUCAAGCCGCCUUAACGCUCGGGCACCGGAGUUUGUUCCUCGUGCUGCGGCACCGAUGGUGAAAAUCCCGCAUCAGCCGGCGAUGAUCCAUGUGUUCCAUGGGCAUCCGUCGAGUCCCGGGUUUGUUGGACCUGUGGUGAAUCACGGGGGUUUUGAGUAUUUUGGGGGAGGGUUUGGUGGGGAGCAGGAGGCUGUGCAGUCAGCGGCAGUGCCUGAUCCGGAUCACACUCUGGCUGGGCCUCCGCCACCUCCGCCUGUGAGGGAUGGGCUUUCGGAUGAAGUUGUUCAGAAGAUCACUAAGCAGGUGGAAUAUUAUUUCAGUGACAUAAAUUUGGCAACCACGGAGCAUUUGAUGAGAUUCAUCAGUAAAGAUCCUGAGGGUUAUGUUCCAAUGUCUGUAAUUGGAUCUUUUAAGAAGAUAAAAGCAUUGGUUCACAAUAAUGCCCUGCUUGCUUCUGCCCUCCGCUCAUCAUCAAAACUUGUUGUCAGUGAUGAUGGAAAGAAAGUUAGGCGGCAACAACCAUUCACUGAGAAAGAUGUGGAAGAAUUGCAGGCACGCAUUGUUGUUGCUGAAAAUCUCCCCGAGGAUCACUGUUACCAGAGCCUUAUGAAGAUUUUCUCUUCUGUGGGAAGCGUGAGGACAAUUCGAACAUGUUACCCGCAGACCCCAAACGGCACAAUUGUUCCAAAUAAUCGAUCAGCAAAAGUGGAAAUGCUUUUUGGUAAUAAGCUGCAUGCCUUUGUGGAGUAUGAAUCCAUUGAUGAUGCAGAGAAAGCAGUUGCUGAACUCAAUGAUGGGAGGAACUGGAGAAGUGGGCUCAGAGUUCGUUUAUUGCAUAGAUGCAUGAAUAAGCUAGGGCUGGGUCGAGGAAGAAAGGGAAUGCAUGAGGGUGAUUUGGAUGGAGAGGAGGAUGUUUCCACAUCUAACCAACCACAUGAAAGAAUGAGUGAUGAUAUCUCUCAUCCUUCAGAGGUGUCACAUGAGCAUCUGAGUGAGGAAACCAAUGACAAGGAAGGGGUGAAUAGACGAGGGAAGGGCCGUGGUUGGGGAGGAAGGGGGCGGGGACGAGGGCAGCAUCACAACAAUCACAAGACUGGAGGCCACGCAGUUGGCACUCCUCCUAACCAUUUAAUUCAUUCUGAGCAGCCAGCUUCCGCCAAGCAACCUCCAGGGCCACGCAUGCCUGAUGGCACACGGGGAUUCACUAUGGGCCGAGGGAAGCCCCUUUCCACUCCUAUCAGUGGUUGACAGCCAUUCAGACUAUAAAUUGGUAUGUUACUAUGUGACUGUAAACUGUUAAAGUUCUUUGUGUGUUUGAAAACUUUAGAGUUUUGGUGUGCUAUUACUAAGACAGACACUGCUUUUUGGUUAAUUGUCUUGUCUUAAAACUUAGCCAUCAAAGUAGAUUUCAUUUGUGGGUGUUCCCUUUGGAAACAAUAUAUUUUCCUCAGAAGGGAUUCUUGUUAUCCUUGUGCUCUGCCGGUUCUCUUUUCUUUUUUUCAAUGCUCUAAUAGUUCUGCUGUAAAGGACAAAUGGUUAACUAGUGGAGGAGGAUGCCUAGACUUCGGGCUCUGCUGCCUGAAAGAUGGUAAUCGAACUACUUAUGUCUGAUGCUCCCACAACUUUUUCAAGGAUAUAAAAUAUAAUGCCAUUUUGGUGUGUA